AUGAAAAAAGCAAAAAACUGGAACAACGAAACUUAUCACGCUAUAAAUGUUUACGAAAAAGUUCUUGGCAUAAUUGGAGUUUGGCCUUUAAAUGCAGAAGAACACAAAUCUAUUGCACGAUGCGUCUUAGCUAUUUUGAUUCAGAUCAGUACUAUCGGCAGCUUAUCCUUGGAAGUUUAUCGACAGUGUCUCGGUACCGAGGAUAUGAUGGAAGCUUUUUUGAUGGACCUCUCGUCUGUCGUCAGCCUCUCCAAGCUACUUGUCGUCCGGAUGACUUGGAAGCAUACUUACAUCCUGGUAACCUCCCUCAUUGAUGAUUGGUCAAUAUCCUGGGACACACGACGGCGAGAAGUCAUGAUGAGGUAUACCAACGUUGGCAGGAUCGUGUCUCUGACAAUAUUGUACCUGGGCUAUGCAUCGGGCGUGUCAUUUCUCUUUAUGGUAGUGCCGUUCGACAGUUUGAGACCCUGGCUAAAUGCGGCCGAAGCGAACGAUAAUGCCACCAUAUUGCCAACAUAUUUCCUGGCGACUUACUGUGUGUUCGGAUCGUUGUCCGGGAUUGCCCACAGCUGCAUCUUAUUGCUACAAAUCGCGCAGAUUUUCGUCAACGCCACCUCGCACUGCGGAAAUGAUGGUUUCUUUUUUGGUCUCACUAUGCACCUAUGCGGACAAUUCGAAGUACUUCAGAUGGACUUUGCUGACAUUGAAAUGGAAGAGCGAGUCUGCAAAAGAAAAAUGCGGAUGUUGAUUGGCAGGCAUUGCCAUCUGAUAAAACUGGCUGACAGUCUUGAAUACGCUUUCAAUAUGGCUAUAUUCGCACAGACAUUGAUGAGUGUACUGCUGCUUUGCGUAGAAGGUAUGCAAUUGUUAAUUUCGUUGAAAUCAAACGAUAACAUCGCGAUGAUCAAACACAUUGUCUUGAUCUUGACAAUGCUAGUGCAACUAUACCUCUACUGCUACGCUGGUGAUCAGUUAGAAUCUAUAAGUGGAAAACUCGCAUAUAGUGUUUAUGACAGUCCGUGGUAUGAUUUCGACAUGAAGUUAAUGAAAAACCUACCGAUGGUGAUGUUUCGAGGAAUGAUUCCUCAUCAGAUAACAGCCGGAAAUUUCCUACCUAUGAAUUUAUUUUCUUUUAAAGAGAUCUUGAAAGCUACAGGUUCCUAUCUCUCCGUUCUUAGAGUGAUGAUAAAUGCAUAA